AGGCUCUGGCAUCCCAAAGUGCUAGCACCCAAGAUUCAAUAGGUAUUAGUGGUGCACCAACAAAUCAAUGUGUACCGGUUGGUUCAUCUACCCGUGACGAGUCUAAAGAAGUGACUGCUUCAAAAGAUCAAGCAUAUCAUAUGGUUGGGGAACAACGAAAGAAAAGAAUUAAGCAAAUGGUGGGAUUACUUUGACGAGGUUGAGGUAAAUAACAUUAAAAAGGUGAAAUGCCAAGAGUGCAAAAAGUUACUGGGAGGUGAUCCAAAGAAUGGUACUAGUCAUUUGAAGGAGCACGUUAACCAAUGUACAAGAAGGAAAAGAGGUGGAGAUAUAAAACAAAUGGUCUUAAAGACCAAUUCGAAAGGGGAUGUUUGUCACACGUCUUAUAAUGAGGGAGAAGGGAGAAUCACACUAGUCAAGAUGGUCAUCUUGCACGAAUAUUCUCUUUCCAUAGUCGAACAUAGAGGAUUUAGAGAAUUCACAAGCACCAUUCAGCCUCUUUUCAAAUGUCCUUCACGCAAUACCUUCAAAAGUGACAUUUUGAAGGUUUAUGCAGAAGAAAGAUGCAAAGUUCUGAAUUUAUUAGAAGGUAAUGAUUGUAGGGUGGCUGUUACUACUGACAUGUGAACUUCAACCAAUCAAAAGAGGGGAUUCAUGACAAUCACAGCCCAUUUCAUUGAUAAAUCUUGGGUUUUACUUAAUCAAAUCUUAAGAUAUUGAAAGUUUGAAACUAGUAGACGAGAAAUCUAGAAGAGACCUGGGAAGUUGUCCGCUUCAGCGAGGGACAGGACAGAGAGGGCGAGAGUGCGAUCUGCGAGACCUCUUCUUCCUCGUCUGCUUCAGUGGCUUCCGAGCAAAGGAUCGCAUUUGCUUCCUCAUCCAUCAUACUGUCAUGGCGGAAUCCGCACGUUCAGAAGAAAAAUGCCCAAACAUCAAUGAGAAAGCUAAGAAAGAGGUUCACCAUGACAAGGAAACACAUGGAAGGAGUGGAGAAAUCGAUGAGAACACACCCCUUGAUGAAAUCAAGGGACCAAAUGUGUUUGAGCGAGCUAAGGAAGAAAUUGAGGCCGUUGUAGAAGCAAUUCAUCCUGGAAAAUGCCCAAACAACAUUAAGAAAGCUAAGAAAGAGUUGCACCAUGACAAGGAAACCCAUGGAAGGAGUGGUAAAAUUGAUGAGAACACACCACUUGAUGAAAUUAAGGGACCCAGUGUGGUUGAAGUUGAGGCUGUUGUCCGAGCAAUUCUUCAUGGCAAGUGAUUAUUCAUUCUGAUAUGGUUCUUAGGAACAUGCUCAUAUUGUCACUGAGAAUGUAAUUAUUUAUCUUAAUUAACUCUCUAUGUUUUAUUAAGUAUAUAAAUGAUGUGCGUUUCUUAUCAUCCUCUUGUGCAUUUGGUAUUCUCUUGUCUAAGAAAAGAUAUAGUUGGUUUUUUCAUUGGGUAAUAACCAACCUUGGACGAUAAACACUCCAUGUUUUUCAAUUGAUUUGGG